AUGGAGAGUCAACAAAGGCUUCUCCCGUGUCAAGGCGUUACCGAUGUGCCCCACGAUCCCCUUGGCCUGCUUCGACGCUGGUCCUACUUCCAGGGAUUAUGGAGAGCGGCCCUGUCUGGAACCCCACUGCCAGAAGCUCCGCCGGAGAUCGGUGUCUGUAUCUGCCCGGCUACCUCCAGCUCCCCCCAAAUUCAACGUCGAAAGCAAGGCAAGACUGACGAGGAUGAGAAUGAGGGCAGCGACCAGUUUGACCAAAAUGACUCAGCGGGAGAUUCCAGAGAACGUCGGUUGUUGCCUCCGCCAGUCCCCUUAUUCCCAGCUUCUUCACUCCUCCUCAAACAUCCCUCCUUCUCAGAAAAUCGCAGCUACCAACCGGUGUGUCUGCGGAUUCAGACUCGACGGGCUAUACGAAGGUUCUUCCUGAAUGCUCAAAAUGCGCGUCAUGGGCAGAAUGCCGGCCGCGGCUUCCAAGCUCAGCUCGAGGACACAGGCCUUUCGCCGCUACUGCGCAAUUUCCUCGGCUACUUCCAUAACUUUGAGCAGCUGUUGUCUGUGGAACUGCCACAGGGCCUGCAGGCUAUAGUGGAUGCCGUAAAGGCCGAGGAUCCGGCAAACAUUUAG